UCACAACAAUAAAUAAAGAUAUCAACAGUUAAAUCAUACACAUAUUUUGACUCUGAAAGAAAAACAGAAACUGGUGUAAUUAAAAUUCAUAACAGUUUUAGAAACAUGUUCGGAUACGUAGUGCUAUUGACAAUUAUAUGCUUUACUUUUCGGGGCUCUGGUCUAUCGCAAGAAGGAAAAGCUGAACAUUAUGACAUCUUACAGAAUAUUAAUAGAGUAGCCAGCAUGGUUAAAUCUAUUAAUAAAUCUCCGAAGAGUUUUGCGAUGUUUACGAAAACUGCAGCUAAAUUAUCAACUGCUGGAAAUAUUUUCAACUAUGUUAAUUCAGGACAUGACAUGACAACUUAUAAACGUGAUGACUUUGUUGCAGAUAAUGUGACAGACGUUCCAUUAAACAGUACAACAGAAUCUAUAGAAACGACAGUAUCACCUACACCAACAAUAUCAGAGCUUUGUUUGAACCAUUCACAACUCGUUUCAGAGGCGUUACAAAGGCAAGAUUACUGGGCGAUGAGAAUGGUGGACGCUGCAGGUAAGCCGUCUUCCAACAUUUUAAGCGGCGGAUUAAUGUGGUUAGGCAGCUAUGAUGAGUGUUUAGAAAUAAAAGUUGUAGCAGACUACAAUAACAUCACAUAUAGAUUUGAUGGACAGUAUUGUAAAGUAUAUAUUGUGCCUCAAGGUGAACUCAGUAAAGUAUUGCCUGCUCAAUCAGUUAUACAGUUAGGAGUAUGUGUACCAGAUAGCUGUAGUUGUAUUAGCUCAUGUUUGUAUGAAUGUUUAUACAUUCAUUUCAGGCUCAAUCAGUUAUACAGUUAG